UAAAACAUCAAUUAGGUACCCUACUUAUCACCAACAAAUUUUACUAUAAAAUACAACGCUAGGUAUAGCAGCUAUCUACUAUACUAUGUGCAAUAGCCAGUGAUUCUGUAUAUUACGUUGCUUUUCAUACGGAGAAAUAUGGCUAAUUUUUUAGUUUUUUAUUUGAUAACAUUGGCAUUUUCGUCAGUAUGUUUGGCGUCAAAGGAUAUUGUAUUGUUCUUAGAUAAUAAGAGCAAAUUGCAAGUGGAACACGGAAAAAUAACCAAUGAAAAGAGCCUUAAGCUUAACUUCCAUGAAGAUUGUAUUGACAAAGAUCCGAGUGUUUGUACACCAAAGACAAAAGGCAACGAACAUUAUUUGCAAUACUUUUCACAAUCAGAAAAACAAGAAUGUAAAAAUUACGAGCAAAUAGCUCAAUCGAUGAACGAUGUCUUAGAAUUAUGUGUCAAUAUGGGGAACAGUUCUUGGUAUGGUGGUUCCGAAACGACUUUUCAACAUUGGCCUCUGAAUAAACUCGAAUGGACGAAUACACCAUACUUAACUAGAGAAUUAGGCACCCAAGCAGUCGUUGAGUCUUAUUUCUUCAACUCUGACGGAUAUUAUAUUCAUAUUGACGAGUCUGUCCCUCUAUUUGUAGACAUUAAUGGCCCACGACCUGGUCAAAUGUGUUUUACAGCUAAAGUUGUUGCUCCAUAUAGAAAAACUAGAAACUUAAUGCAAUACCAAGUAUGCAAAUACAAAAACGCUCGAGUAGCGCACGAAAGAGCUAUUAAAGAUUUAUUAGGUAUGCCUACAUCUAUACCCGACCCAUACGUAAUAAAGUAUCCAAUUUGGUCGACGUGGGCAAGAUAUAAAGUUAACGUUAACACGUCCACUGUCCGACAGUUUGCUCAAGAAAUAAUCGAUCAUGGAUUUCCUAGAGGUACAUUUGAACUCGAUGACAAAUGGGAGACUUGCUAUGGUAGUGCAGAAUUUAACACAUCUAGAUUUGAGAAUAUAAAAGAGCUUGUUAAUGAAUUAAAAUCAAAAGGUUUCAAGACUUCUUUGUGGACACAUCCGUUUGUGAAUUUGGAUUGCCCUUGUCAUGAAGUCGCCAAGACCAAGGGGUAUCUUGUGAAAAGUACAUCAAACACGACAAAUACUACAUGGUGGAAUGGAAAUGGAUCUUAUGUUGACUUCACAAAUCCCGAAGCAGCUGCAUGGUGGUCAAAUGCUCUUCGUAAUUUACUCGCAAAAUCUGAAAUUGAUACAUUGAAAUUUGACGCAGGAGAAAGCAGUUGGAGCCCACAGCUCCCAGUAUUUCAUGAUAACGAUCUGACUUACUACCCUGACAACAUCGUGAACGCAUAUCUUAAAACUAUUUCAUCUUUUGGUAAUGGUAUUGAAUACAGAACAUCUAGAAGAAGUCAAGAAUUUGGUCGUCUUUUAAGAAUGAUGGAUCGUAAUUCUCGGUGGGAUUUUGAACUUGGACUACCCACUUUAAUAACAUCUCUGAUACAAUUGAAUAUGGUCGGAUAUCCGUUUGUUUUGCCCGAUAUGAUUGGUGGAAACGGCUACGAUAACUUGCCACCGACCAAAGAGAUGUAUAUUAGAUGGAUGCAAGCAAACUUGUUCAUGCCAGUUGUACAGUUUUCGUACACACCUUGGGAUUUCGAUCAACAGACCGUAGAUAUAUGCAGAAAUUUAAUGAAUUUGCGUGCUAAUUAUACUGAUACCAUUAUUGAACUGAUGAGAAGUAGUGUAGGUAAGGGUACGCCGUUAAAUCCUCCAGUUUGGUGGAUCGACCCAAUGGAUCCGGUUGCACAAGUAAUUGAUGACGAAUAUCUUUUGGGUGAAAAUAUCCUUGUUGCUCCUGUAAUUGUCAAAGGGGCUACAUCCCGAGAUGUCUACUUACCUUCUGGGUUAUGGAGAGAUGAGAACCAUCCCAAUUCACACUUAAUUACUGGUAGGAAGUGGUUGCGUAAUUAUCCUGCCAAACUGGAUGUUCUUCCGUGGUUUACUAGAGUAAGACCAGGUUACAAUACGUUUAAAUGAAUUUCCUUAAAUGUUACCAUUAGAUAUAAUUUUAUAAUUUUUUUUUUUUUGAAUGUACAUAUAAAAAUUGAAUAAAAUAUAUUUUUUUUAAAUUAA